AAACUUGACAAUUAUUUUUUAUUAAGUGAAAACCUCGGCAUCGGUAAAAAUGGAGAACUCCCCUGGCGUCUAAAAAAUGAACUGAAAUAUUUUGCCAAUCUCACUAAAACCACACAAACCCCAGCUAAAAAGAAUGCUGUGCUGAUGGGUCGGAAAACCUGGGAAUCUAUCCCAGCUAAAUUCCGCCCCUUGAAGGAUAGAAUCAAUAUUGUUCUCACGUCACAGGCUGAGUUGGUGAAGGUUGAGGAGGGGGUUUAUGUUUGCCCGGAUUUUCCUUCAGCCCUAGAUCUUCUCAACACAAAACUGAGAGAAGAAAUUGAGAUCUGCUGGGUGAUUGGUGGCUCCUCAGUUUACCAGGAAGCGUUGAAAUCUCCAGAAUUAUCAAGAUUAUACAUCACAAGAAUUAAAAAGGAUUUCGACUGCGAUGCAUUUUUCCCUGAACUAGAAGCUGAUUGGAUUAAGCAAUCUGAUUCUGAGAGCAAUUCGAUCCAACAGGAAGAGGACGGUAUCAAAUAUGAGUAUGAAGUCUAUGAACGGAAAACUGAAUAAUCAGAAAUGAACCAACCAUGUUAAAGCACUGAAUAUCUGAAUCGUAGAAAUGAAUAAAAGAUUUUAUUUUUGUACUUUUAUAUUUCAGAAAAA